AUGGCCACGAGGGUGGCGAACUGUUUCUUCGCUCCAGGCAAGGUGAACUUGCAGCUCCGCAUGCAGAAGGCUCUUGAGAUUCUGGAGAAGCAGGGUCCGGACGUGCGAACCAUCGUCUUUGCGAAUACACCGGAGGCUUGCCUUGCUUUUGAGGUGGCAUGCAAGUCGGCAAGCAUGGACGUUGCGUGCGUGCAUGCAGGCGUGCCCUUCCCAGAGCGCAUUGAUGGCCUGAAGAAGUUCGGCGCGGGUGAGGUGAGUGUGCUGAUCUGCACAGAUCUCGGAGCGCGAGGACUCGAUCUGCCGAUCUGCCAGCAUGUCGUGCAGCUCGAGUUUGCAAACAACACCAUCUGCUACCUGCACCGGGUGGGACGCGCUACCCGUGCGGCUAACAAGUCACAGGUGACGAACCUUUGGGGCGAUCCGGACAUCGCUAUCAAGGAUCUCGUGAUGAAGGCUCCUCAGAUGGGUCUCGAGGGCGAGGUGGUGAGUCUCCGUGGCAACAGAU